AUGCUAUGGAGUACUGAGGAAACCCGUCUGAAGACCGAGAUCGAGAUCGAGACCACAACUAAUUCUGCGCGUGACGUCUUCCCUUCUUUGGUUGGAGACUGUUUCUUCACCUCGUUGUCGUGUCUAGAUGCUAGGUCUCUAAGAAUCAUCGUGCCGCUAUGGAGAAGUGUGGCCCGUGAGACGAAACCCCGCCAAAGAACAAGAUCGGGACCAAUAACCAGAACGGUAGAACCCGACUGUUGGCAUUUCCUGUUCUCUGGUUGGCAACAUGUUCUUCGCUUCAAUGCCGUGUCUUGGAUCCUUCGGUAUCUAACUGAAGAGCGCCUGUGCCGUUAUGGAGAACAGACUGCGGGAACCCCGCUGGAGAUCACGAUCGAGACCACAAUCAAGCUUAUGUCCGUCUUCUUCGCUCAUCUAGUUGGAGACUCUUUCUUUAUAUCAAUCCCGUGUCUUGGAUCUCUGAAUACCCAACAGCCAACACUGUUCGGGGUGCUAUGGAGAACUGUGGCCCGUGGGACGGGAACCCCGCUGAAGAUCAAAGUCGAGACCACGACCGAAUCUACACCGAUACUCUUCUUUUUGGACGAAACCUUUCUUCAUCUUUUGAUCAUGUCUUGGAUCUCUGGAUAUCUAGGACUCUUCGUGCCGCUAUGGGCCAGGUUCUAG